UCACCAUGAGGAUAAAGAAAAAGUACACAACAGGAACAGCAGCAACCUACAUUUCAAGAAAGAAGGCUCUCAGAAAGCUUCAAUUAAGCCUCAAGGAUUUUGGAAGGCUUUGCAUUCUUAAAGGAAUUUACCCGAGAGAGCCGAAUCAUUUAAAGAAGGCAAAUAAAGGAGGAAGUACUGAACCUAAAAUUUAUUACCACAUUAGAGAUAUUAAAUUUCUUGCUCAGGAACCGUUAAUCAACAAAUUUAGAGAAUAUAAGAUUUUUCUCAAAAAAGUUAAUCAUGCAAGAGCAAAGAAGGAAGAAUUGAAAGUUAAAAGUUUGUUUCGUCGAAAACCGAAGUUUACUUAUGAUCAUAUUAUCAAAGAACGUUACCCAACAUUUAUUUCUGCCUUACGCGAUUUGGACGAUGCUCUUUGUUUGUGUUUUGCAUUUGCUGCUUUAACGCAAUCUAGAGUUGCCAAUUCAAAAUUAAUUAAUCGAUGUCGGCGUUUGACAAUUGAAUUUAUGCAUUAUAUUAUUGAAUCUAAAUCACUUAAAAAGGUUUUUAUCUCAAUAAAAGGAAUUUAUUAUCAAGCAGAAGUUAUGGGUGAAAGAAUAACUUGGAUUGUAGGCCAUGAACGUUCUGUUGGACGUGCAAAUGAACUGGAUUUAACGACAGUUGCUUAUUUUGUUGAAUUUUAUUCUGUUUUGCUUAGUUUUGUCAAUUUUCGACUUUACAAAUCUAUUGGACUUUUUUAUCCGCCACAGCUUCAAUUAAAACAAAAUAAAUCGGAGAAUGAAGUCACUUCUACACCUUCAUUUACUCAUUUGGAUGAUCGUGUAUUUUCUUUAGCAUUUCCAUUAGCUAAAAUUGAAAAAACUGAAGAGGAAUUGGAUAUUUGUCAAAUUGAUACUUUUGAAAAAGAAGAAGACGAAAAUGAUGAAGAGGGAAAAGAAGAUGUGAAAGAAAUUAAAGAGGAAGAUUUGGGUGAAUUAUUAAGACAAAAUGAAGCAUUAAAAACGUUGUUCUCAAAAAUGAGAUUUUUUAUUAAUAGAGAAGUUCCUAAAGAACCUUUAACUUUUGUUAUACGUGCUGGUGGUGGUGAUGUUUGUUGGGAAGAUUGUUAUCCUGUUGGAUCAAUUACAAAUGUAUCUAGUGAAUCAAUUACACAUCAAAUUGUUGAUAGAGAAAUGAAGGAAAUGAUUAUAAAUAGAAUAUAUAUUCAACCUCAAUGGAUAUUUGAUUGUUUCAAUUCUCGUCGUUUACUACCUACUAUAUUGUAUGCUCCAUCAACAACAUUACCUCCACAUUUAUCCCCAUUUAUUGGGGAUAAUGAAAGAUUAAAUAAUUCUUUGUUAAUAAAUAAUGAACAACAACAAAAGAAUAAAGAGGAUGAAACAAAAGUAGAAGAAGGAAAUGUGGAGGGAAAAUCAGACGAAAAAGGUAAUCAAAAAGAAAAAAAGGGAGAAGGUUUACUUAAAAAGAAGAAUAAAAAGAACAAGCAACAACAAGAUGAAAAUAAUAAAGGUAUGAGUGUUCAAAAAUCAAGAAUUUACAAGGAAAGUGAACAGAAGAAAAUUAAUGAAGAGGGUCAUAAUUUAAAAUUGAGAGAAAUGAUGAUACCCAAAAAGCAUAAAAGAAUAUAUGAAAAGCUUAAACGUGGAACUAAAAGACGUGCAAGGGCUGAAGUUGUUUUGGAGGAGAAAAGGGCUAAAUUGGCAAAAACAUGA